AUGACAACCGCAACUCUUCGCGGCGGCGACCGCGUCGUGAAUGUCUGCUGGCCAAAUGGAACCAGCGCGGACUUUCCCUUUCUCUGGCUUCGGGACAAUUGCCCGACGGGCUUUCAUCCCGACACGAGGGAGCGCCAGUUCGACCUGACAAGCAUUCCUCUCGGAUUGAGUGUCGGCAAUGUUUCGCUCGAAGAUGGCGAUAUUGUCGUGACCUGGGACGGGGAAUCUCACACCAGCCGAUUUGAUCCGGGCUGGCUAUACGAUCACCGGCCCGGCAUAGGACUUCUGGACCCGGCCCAGGUGGAUGCAACGCUCUGGCGCGCCGACUUUUCACCGGCCGAUCUUCCUCGCGCGACAUCAAGCGAUCUGACGUCAAGCGACGCACUUUUGCUGGAAUUUCUGCUGGAAGCCAAGAAAACCGGACUUGCCAUCGUUGACGGCAUGGCACACGACAAGGAUGCCGGAAUGGCGAUGGCACGGCGUAUCGGCUUUCUCAGAGAAACAAAUUUCGGCACGACGUUCGAGGUCAUGUCGAAGCCAAACCCGAACAAUCUUGCCUAUACGUCCCAUGCCCUGCCGCUUCAUACGGAUCUUGCCAACCAGGAACUGCCACCUGGCUUCCAGUUUCUGCAUUGCCUUGCCAACGAGGCGGAAGGUGGCGGGUCGACAUUCUGUGAUGGAUUUGCCAUCGCCAACGACCUUCGCAAUGACGAGCCGGAAGCCUUCCGUCUGCUGUCCGAAACGCCUGUCCCCUUUCGCUUUCACGAUGAGGACUACGACAUCCGGCGCCAUCACACGGUGAUCGAUCUUGAUCUGUUCGGAAACAUGCAGGAAUUGCAUUUCAAUGCCCAUCUUGCGGGAAUUUUCGACCUGCCGGCCGACAAGAUGGAGCCUUACUACACUGCGUAUCGCAAACUCAUGGAGAUGACCCGGUCAGAAAGAUACGUGAUGACCACACGUCUGCGGGGCGGAGAAAUGGUGAUUUUCGACAAUCGCCGCGUCCUGCACGGUCGCGCCGCAUUCGACCCGAACACCGGAUUCCGGCAUUUGCGUGGCUGCUACGUCGACCGAGGCGAGUUCGACAGCCGCAUUCGGGUUCUGAGCCGGUCGCAGGGUUGA